AUGUCGAGCAAACACAAUUAUCGUGAUGACGAGGAUGGCUAUGAAGAUAGCGGAGAAGAUUAUCAAAACGAUGAUGGUUUUUCAUCGAACCGAAUGCAAGAUGAUGAUGAAGAGCAAGGAAUUAUUAGAUUUGCUUUCCAAAAGGAAUCAUCAUCAAAAGGACAAUUGAAAGAAAUUCAUAUUGUUACUCCUGGAGAACUCAUUGUAGAGAAUGGAAGUAAUGUAUUAUGUGGACACGGAACCUAUCGUAAUGAAAGAAAUCAACUCAUCAGCAGCGUUUGUGGUGUAGUAGAACAAGUCAACAAAUUAAUUUCAGUAAGACCUGUUCGGGCAAGGUAUCAUGCCGAAGUUGGAGAUGUGAUUGUAGGAAGAAUUUCAAAAUUAACUGGCAAAAAGUGGAAAGUUGAUGUACAAGCAAGACAAGAUGCAAUGCUAGAUUUAAAUUCUGUAAAUAUUCCUGGAGGACAAAGAAGAAAAACAUACGAAGAUCAAUUAAACAUGAGAAGUAUAUAUCAAGAGGAUGAUUUGAUUACAGCAGAGGUUCACCGAACGGAUGGUAGUUCUCUUCAAUUACAAACAAGAAGUUCGAGAUAUGGUAAAUUAGCAAAUGGAGUGAUGGUCCGAGUUCAUCCAUCUCUUGUGAAAAGAUGUACUCAACACUUUCAUAAUUUUUCUUUUGGAGUGAGAGUGAUUUUGGGCAAAAAUGGUUACAUAUGGAUAUCAGCAUCUGGUAAACCCUCAAGUGACACAAUGGAUAUAUCGAACUCUAGAAAGUCUUCUUCAACAAAUUUAGAUGAUUUACUUGCUGUUGCUGACACAGAGGAGGAAGCAUCUAGGCCCAUCUCCAAGUUGACUUCCAAGCCUGGUGAACCAUUUGAAUCAAAUAGCUUUACUGCUUCUGGAACAUACACAGAUGUAGUGACUGGAAAAGAUAGAGAAGCUGUUUGUCGAACACGAAAUGCCAUAGUUUGUCUUCAGUAUCAAUUUUUACCAAUUUAUCCUGAGACUAUCAUGGACGUGUAUGAAAGUUCGCUUCAGCUUUCGGUCAAAGACAUGCUUUCAAGAGACAAAAUUCCUCUUAUCACUCAAACAGCAGCUGUAAGAGUUCAAAAACAAUUAAUGAAUAACGAGCAAGUUUUUUAA